AUGUUGAAGAACUAUAAAAAAUCAGGUGCUGUUUUCACAUUUGGAAAGAGCAGUUUUGCAGAGAACAUUCCUAGCAAGUUCUGGUUCAAAAAUGACAAGCCCGUGCACAUAUCGUGUGGAGAUGAGCAUACUGCUAUUGUUACAGGAAAUGGUAAACUUUACAUGUUUGGCAGUAACAACUGGGGCCAAUUAGGACUAGGAUCAAAGAGUACUGUCAGCAAACCAACAUGUGUUAAAGCUUUAAAGCCAGAAAAGACUAAACUUGCUGCUUGUGGAAGAAACCACACUUUAGUUUACACAGAAAAAGGAAAUGUAUAUGCUGCUGGAGGUAACAGUGAAGGUCAGUUGGGAUUAGGUGACACAGAGGAAAGGACCACGUUUCAUUUAAUUAGCUUUUUUACCAACCAGCACAAGAUCAAACAGCUAGCAGCUGGAUCAUACACCUCAGCAGCAAUAACUGAGGAUGGGCAGCUUUUUAUGUGGGGUGACAAUUCAGAAGGUCAGAUUGGCUUGGCUAAUGAAGCCAGUGUCUGUGUCCCUUGUCAAGUGGUUGUUGGAAAACCUGUUUCCUCUGUAUCCUGUGGAUAUUAUCACUCUGCCUUGAUAACAGGAGAUGGUGAGCUGUACACUUUCGGAGAACCUGAGAAUGGCAAACUGGGCUUGUUGCCCGAGCAGCUGAAGAACAGCAGAGUCCCACAGCCUGUACCAGGAAUUCUGGAAAGAGUUAACAAGGUUGCUUGUGGUGGAGGACACACCGUGGUGCUUACAGAGAGAGAUGUAUAUACUUUUGGACUUGGACAGUAUGGACAACUGGGACAUGGAACUUUUGUUUUUGAAACUUCCUUACCAAAGUCUGUGGAACACUUGAGGAGACAUAAAAUACACAGCAUUGCAUGUGGGGAAAAUCAUACUGCUGUAAUAGCGGAAAAUGGCCUCAUGUUUACCUUUGGAGAUGGGCGACAUGGCAAAUUAGGACUUGGAGAGGAGAAUUUUGUAAACCAGUUCAAACCCAUUCUGUGUUCUAACUUUCUGAGGUUCACAGUCCUUUUGGUUGCGUGUGGUGGUUGUCACAUGCUAGUUUUUGCUGCUCCGAGGCCUAAAGGAUCUGAAGAAACCCUCAUAGAAGACGUGCACGCAAACGAUUUGACUGCUGCUGCCUCCAGGAUGAGCGUAGUGUCAUCAGCAACAAGCACCUUACAAAAAACACUAUCGGCACGGAUGCGACGUCGGGCAAAGGAAGGAUCACCAGAACAGUUCAUAAGAAUGAUACACACCCUGCCUCCAUUGGGAGAAAACUUUUUAAAAUCUUCAUUACAUGUGACUAGCAACACCAGCCUACCCUAUUUUUCUGCAACUGAUCUUCCUGAAGUUAAGCCUAUAGAGUUGCACCAUGAAGCAGGAAAGAAUCAUCAAAAAGAUAAACUCCAUGAAGGCUCUGAAGAGGACGAUUCAGAUGAUGAAAGUAAUCACAGAAACCUUGGAGAUACCUCUGACAUCCUCAAUGUGACACACGUGAUGAAAUUGAAUCCCAGUGACCAGACCUUAAAAUUAUCACCAAUCCAAAAACAAAAGCAACAGGAGACUAUAGAGCACAACUUUAAAUUUAUUCUGAGUAGAGGUAAAAAAGAGGGCUACUAUGAGGGCAAAGAUACCCAGAAAGCAACAAAAGCAGUACAGAAUGUGAAAGAUUUGGAUGUACAAGAAGAAGGUAGUGAGACUGAAGAGAAGCCAGCCACAAGCAAUGAAAAAGAGUAUGCAGAAGAGACUGAUAUAAAAAGCCUGAAUGAGGAAGAAACAAAUUCUGAAGUUAAAUCUGAUGAAGGCAGACAGGUUGAAGUUAAGAAUGAAGAGGAAACUAAUGAAGAGGAAGAGAGUGAGGACAGUGGAAAGGCUGAAAGUGAAAAAGAAAAACUGGAUGAAAAAGUUGACAAUGAAAUUGAACACUCAGAAGAAGAAGGCGAGAGUGAAGAUAAGAAACAUGUGGACAGAGACAUUUCAGAAGAAAGAGAUGGAGAUAAAAAGGAAAAAGACAGUGAGGAAGAAAACGAGAGAGAUGAAUCACAAGUGGAAAGACAGAGUGAGAAUGAGGAUGCAGAAGAAGUGGAAGAGAAUCACCAAGAAGGAUAUGGCAAGGAGCAAGGGGAUGAGGAAGGCAGGUUUAAGGAGGGAGAAAUACUGAAUCAGGGAGAAGAGGAUUUGGAGGAGGAGGAGGAGAAUGCAGAAGAGGAACAAAUGGAAAAAGAAAAGGAGGAACUGGUUAGAAGUGAAGGAAGGGAUGAGAGUGAGGAAGGAAGAGAGGAAAGAGAGCAGGUGGAAGAAAAAGAAGCAGAGGAUGAGAGUGAGGAAGGAAGAGAAGACAAACAGAGGGAAGAAGGAAAAGAGGCAGGAGCUGAGCAGGAGACAGAAGGUGAUAAGGAAAAUGAAGAAGAAAAGGAAGAAAGAGAGGAUAAAGCAGGUGAAGAGGAAGAGCUAGAGGAAGCAUUGGCAGGGAGAGAAGAAGAGGCAUCAGAAGAGGAAAAGGAAGAUGCAAAUGAAGCAAAGGAGGAAGUGCAGAAGAGUGGAAUGGAAGAAGAAAGAGAGGAAGAUGGGCAGGAUGAAAUAGAAGAGGAAGGAGAAGAAGAAGCAGAGGAGAAAAAGGAAGGAAUAGAGAUAGACACAGAAGGGCUGGAGGGGGAAGAAGAUGGAAACAGGGCUGAAGAGAAGAUGGAAGUUAAAGAAGGAAAAUAUGGGCAAGUGGAAGGAGAGGAAGCAGAAGGAGAAGAGGAAGUGGAGGAUGAAGGGGAAGAGAGAGAGGUGGAGGAAGAAGGGAAAGGGGGAGAGGAGGUAGAAGCCGAAGAGGAGGACGAAGGGGAAGAGGGAGAAGAGGAAGAGGAGGACGAAGGGGAAGAGGGAGAAGAGGAAGAGGAGGAGGAAGGAGAAGAGGGAGAGGAGGAAGAAGGAGAGGAGGAAGAAGAGGGAGAGGAGAAAGAAGAGGAAGAGGAGGAGGAAGCAGGAGAGGGAGAGGAGGAAGAAGAGGGAGACGAGGAAGAAGAAGAGGGAGAGGAUGAGGAAGAAGAGGAAGAGAGAGAAGAAGAGAAAGAGGGAGACGAAGAAGAAGAAGAGAGAGACAAAGAAGAGGGAGAGGAAGAAGAAGAGGAAAAGGAGGAUGAAGAAGAAGAAGAGGAAAAGGAGGAUGAAGAAGAAAAGGAAGAGGAAGAAGAAGAAGAGAAAAAGGGAGAAGAGGAAGAAGAGGAAGAGGAAAAAUCAAAGCGUAAAAAACAAGUUGAUAGUAAUAAGCUUACACAAAAGAAAAGCCAAAACAGCAAGAAGCCAAAGAAGACACCAAGUUCUACCGUACCAAACAGCUCAAAACAAAAAAUGAAGUCCAAACACCGUGUAGCUAAUGGAUUACAUAAUUCAGAGCAAUUUUGGAACAAUGUGUUACCUCAUUAUUUGACACUGAAGUAG